UCCUGCGGCCUCCGCGGCUCCUCCCAGGAAGUCCCGGCCGCCGAUGAAGCCUUUCGGGCCGAGGAGAAGGCAGAAUGUGUGCCAGGGCAGCCUGGGCGGCUGUGCCAGGCUUUGCAGCGUAAAGCAGCGCGGCCCAGCUCGAUGUCUGUGCCUGCAGGAGUGAGACAGCAGGAGCCGUGGCAUGCUCAGGAGAGCGGGACCGUCCCUUCGCCACUUCUUGCUGGAGAAGAACAGCAGUGCUGGACAUAGCUCGUGCUCCAGAGAGGCAAAAAUGUCAAGGCCAGUGCAAGCUCGGAGGCUGGAGGGAAUAGAUAAAAAUAUCUGGGUGGAGUUUGUAAAACUGGCUGCUACCUACUCCAAGGUGAACCUGGGCCAGGGCUUCCCUGACUUCCCUGCACCAGACUUUCUGACAGAGGCACUCACGAGAGCCCUCGGCGGGGGGAACCACAUGCUGCACCAGUACACCCGUGCCUUUGGCCACCCACCUCUGGUGAAGGUCCUAGCCCAAUUUUUCGAGAAGCUGCUUGGACGAGACCUGGAUCCUAUGACCAACGUGAUGGUGACUGUGGGGGCAUACCAGGCCCUGUUCUGCUGCUUCCAGGCUUUAGUGGAUGAAGGUGAUGAGGUGAUAAUCAUUGAACCCUUCUUUGACUGCUAUGAGCCAAUGGUGAAAAUGGCUGGUGGGACACCUGUGUUUGUGCCUCUGAGACCGAAUCCUCCAAAAGAUGGAAAAUUGAUGUCUAGUGCAGACUGGCAGCUGGACCCAGCUGAACUGGCUUCUAAAUUCAGUGAACGGACAAAAGCCAUCGUCCUGAACUCACCCAACAACCCUCUGGGCAAGGUGUUCAGCCGCGGGGAGCUGGGGCUGAUUGCAGAGCUGUGUGUGAAGCACGACGUGCUGUGCAUCAGCGACGAGGUGUACGAGUGGCUGGUCUACGACGGGAAGCAGCACAUCCGCAUCGGUCACUAUGGAUUGUGGUGGACAGAGAGCUCCCACGUGCCAUUAAUGCAGCCAGAAAGGAGCAUGCUGAGCUCUGCCAUUGGGGUUUCUCUCCUUUCACUGCCAGCCAGCUUGCAAGGGAUGUGGGACCGCACGGUGAUCAUCGGGAGUGCUGGGAAGACCUUCAGUGCCACUGGAUGGAAGGUGGGCUGGGUUGUGGGACCUGACAGGCUGCUGCAGCACCUCCGUACCGUGCACCAGAACUCCGUGUACCACUGUGCCACAAUUGCCCAGGAGGCCGUGGCUCAGGGUUUCCAGAGGGAGCUCAUGCUCUAUGGAAAACCAGAGAGCUACUUCGUCCAGCUGCCCAAGGAGCUGCAGCAGAAGAGGGACUGGCUGGUUCAGAGCCUGGAUGGGGUGGGGAUGAAACCCAUCAUCCCAGAGGGCACCUACUUCCUGGUGGCAGACAUCUCCCCGUUCAAAUCUGAUGUCCCUGAUGUCCCCAACUCAGAUGAGCCCUACGACUCCAGAUUUGCAAAGUGGAUGGUCAAGAACAAGGGGCUUGCUGCCAUCCCGCUCUCCGCUUUCUACAGCGAGGCCCACAAGAACAACUACACCAAUUUCAUCCGGUUCUGCUUUGCAAAGGAGGAAGCUACCCUGAAGGCAGCAAGUGACAUAUUACAAAAAUGGAAACAGGAGAAAACCAGCUUGUGAAUACACUGAGAACCACGCUCUCCUUGGUCAUCAUCUGCCCCAGCUGCUCUUCUUCUUCACUUGUCUACAAACUUUGGUAUGUUCUUACUUCAGUGCUUUCAACAACAUUUUCUGACAGACAAAUGGUUAAGUUUUUCCAGGCCCAGGGCCUGGGGGACAUUUUCAAUCACUGUGAAAUGAUUUCAAGAAGUGAGACUUUGUGUGCACUGACAGCAUUUGACAUUUCUUACAUGUGAAAACUUUGAUAAUCAGUUCUGGGAUGCGUCCAGCAACACACAAGGUGAGGAUGGCUUCUGGGCUCUGUCUCAUCACCAAAUUCUGAAAAGGUGUUUCAGGACCUAUCUUUAAGGCUGUGCUGUUAGUGUGACUUGUCUUGUUCCACAUCCCCACUCAGGGCAGCAUUUCCACCAGCACUCACGUUCCCACAGGACUAGAGAGUAUCACCAGCCAUCAGUAAGGUGACUCCUAUGAUCCUGACAAUUACAAACCCAGUGAAAUGACAUUUCUCAUCAGAAAUUAUUUUCCCACUAUUUUUCUCUGUGCAUCUCUGGGGAAAAUGACCACACAAUUGGUUUUCCCCAGGGAACAGGCUUUCACCAGUAGCCUGGCUAUUGUCAAACCUUCCAGAUUACUCCUGGCACUUUCUCAGGGCUUGGCAGCAUCGUCCAGGCUCCAGAGCAAAACUUUUUCUUGCCUUUGACAAAUGCACACCGUGGCUGGGGAGAAUGGGCACUGUGGCUUUGGCUGCUCCUGCUGCUGGUGGCCACCACCACCUCCCACCCAGUGAGUGGUGGGGUAACAUGAACAAUUCUGGACAGUUAAUUCUUGCAUCAGCGUUGAUGUCAGCCUGGAUAAGAGUGUAAAACAUCAUCAUCAACCAUGUGGGAGUUGUGUGCAACAGACUGUGCAAUGAGUGUUUGUAGCAGUUAAAUUAUUAAAGAGGAAUUACUGCAA